AUGCGUUUCGCCGCUGCUACCAUCGCUCUCCUGCUGGCUGUUGCCUCAGCCACUCCUGUCCCUGACGUGAACGAGGCGAGCCUCGACAGGGAGCCUGAAAGCAGGACCAUCGUCGACCUCGGCUUCCUCCAGGCUCACGAGACUCGCGAUGUCAACAUCGCUGACGUCUGGCCUCAUGACCACCAGAGUGGCAUCUUCAAGGCUGGUAAUGGCUACUACAAGAGAAUCGUCACCGGCCUCGUCAUUAAUGGAGUCAACGUCGCUGUGACCGCUUGGUUCAACGACAUCCAUACACUCUUCUUGCAGUUCGAUGCCGCCUUCCCCAACGCCCCUAACUUCAUCUUCGCCGGAUUUGAGGAUGUCUCUACCGGCGUGGAGCGCGCCCCCUGGAGAAUUAGCUGGGAUGAGAUUUACAGCCUGGCCAUCAAGCCCGGUGAAAGAUUCCAGUUUGACAACUCCUUCGUCAUGUGGUGGAAAUAA